AUGACGUCCAAGCAAGAGGAGCAGCGUGUCAAAAAUUUGCUCGCGCAGCAAGAGAAUCCGAAGUUCUCACACACCAAGUUGGUAAAAUUACUGGAUGUGGCCACAUCGACCGUGACAAAUGUUUUAAAAGUGUUCGAGGAGCGUCUGUUGACCGCCAGGAAGCCUGGAAGCGGCGGCAAUCGUAAUCCGGACGUGGCAGCGACGACGAAGAAGGUGGCGGUGAAAUAUAAGCGGAAUCCUAACCUCCUAAUCCUGGGACGUCGGUGGCAACUCAAUCUUUCCCAUACUACUGUGCAGCGGGCCAAGAAACGAGCCGGAUUGUCGACGUUCAAGAAGGAUUCAAACAUAAGAUGCCUCGUAACCGGCUGUAAUCCUUCUGGAAGGAAUUUAUUUCGAGUGCCAAAAACCGGGAGCAGGUUUUUCACCAGAUGGCGAAAAGUUGUGAAGAUUUCUGGAACGGGCAACGAGAGGAUCUGUUCACGUCAUUUUUCAAGUGAUGAUUUUACGAAAAUAUUUCAAUUUAAAUUAAAGUCCAUCCCAUUUUUUCUUUCAGUUACGUCGUGCUAUCUAAAGGCGAAUGCAGUGCCCAGCAAGCAUCUUGUAAGACUGGUUAAAAUUCCAUCUAUAAAUCGUAAGACGACCCAAUUGAAUGCUGUACCACAGUGUCUGCUAGAUCAUACCUACUACAUGGAAGACCUGAGACCCAAGAGCAAUAAAAACUGUUCAGUAUAUGGUUGCGUAGCUAGGAGCAGCAUGGGCGUAUUUCUACAUAAGUUUCCGAAAAACCGUGAAAUGGUGAAUUCUUGGCUCCAUGCUAUCAAAAGCUCAACGAAACCAUCAAAAAACUCCUUCGUGUGUAGCCAGCAUUUUCACAGCAGCGAUUAUAAAACAGGUAAGCACAGCAUAAACUGAAGGUUUCAAAAUGAAAUCAUAGCCUGGUAUUUAUAUUAACUUAUCUGGGAUUAGAAAUAUUCUAAUAUUUAUUAUAGUUGCAUCAAUAUCAUAAGUAAAUUAAGUCUAAGAUUAAACAAAAUCUAAAUAAAUAUAAAAUAAUCAAGAGCAGCGUUGCCAGUAUUCCAGAUUUAUCUGGAUUUUCCAGAUUUUUAGUCGUCUUGCCAGAUACACAGACAUACCACGUAUAUUUCAAUAUUUUUUUAAAUAUGUUUCAGAUUUUCCCAGAUUUUUGAAACAUGUUGUUUAAAAAUAUCACUGCAAUUGAUUUACCAUCUAAUCAAAAAAGUAAAAAGCAAAACUUGCUACUCAACGUCUAUCAACGUUGGACAUUACAUAAUUAAGGCAAUUCUGCAAAUUGUUCACCGUGAAGUGUAAGGUGAAUUCCUUGUGAAAUAAAACGAGAAUUUCAAGCUA